CUGCAAGCCACGUCCAGGAGAGGAUGAGGAGCUGCAGACGCUCUCCCUGUGAUAUAGAGGAGAGCGUUCCGUCCACCCUCUGACAAGCCGCCACUUCCCUCCCGGCCCCCUGUUCCUCUGCUCAGUGCAGCACAAAGCCCGUCUCCUCGUGGAUGCUGCCUGCCAGGGCUCAGGGGGACCUCUGAGAUAUGCUCUGGCCCCACCGUCGGGACGCUGCAGAAUGAUGAACGACGCAAGUGAUAUGCUAGCCGCGGCCUUGGAGCAAAUGGACGGGAUCAUAGCUGGCUCCAAGGCGCUGGAGUAUUCCAAUGGCAUAUUUGAUUGUCAGUCACCGACCUCGCCUUUCAUGGGGAGCUUACGCGUCCUCCACCUCAUCGAGGACCUGCGCGGCAUGCUGGAAAUGAUGGACACGGAUGAGAGAGAGGGCCUAAGGUGCCAAGUGCCAGAUUCCACCGCCCAUGACUUAGUGGAGUGGCUGCAGAAUGAGAUGGUGGUCAAUGGUCACAUCUCUGGGACAGGAGACAUCUACCAGGAGAGGCUGUCUCGUCUGGAGAAUGACAAAGAGUCGCUAGUACUGCAGGUGAGCGUCCUGACUGACCAGGUGGAAGCGCAGGGCGAGAAGAUUCGGGACCUGGAAUUCUGCCUAGAGGAACACAGAGAGAAGCUGAAUUCAACCGAAGAAAUGUUACAGCAGGAGUUAAUAAGUAGAACGUCCCUGGAAACGCAGAAACUAGACCUAAUGGCGGAGAUCUCUACUCUGAAACUGAAGCUGACAACGAUAGAGAAGGACCGGGGGGAAUUUGAAGACAGAUACAAAGACACAGAGUCUCUCCAUAAGGUUAUAGCAGAAUUAAGGUAUCAGAUGGAGAAACUGGAGGUGGAAUUGGCGUUGUUUCAAGACAAGAGGUUACAGUAUGGUGAUCAGGAGGGUUUGGUGCAGGAGAUGAAUGAAUUGCGACUCCGAGUGGUGGAAAUGGAGAAUGAACGGACACAGUAUGAGAAGAAACUCAAAUCCACCAAGUCUUUAAUGGCCAAGCUUUCUAGCAUGAAAAUCAAAGUGGGUCAGAUGCAGUAUGAGAAGCAGCGGAAGGAAUAUAAAUGCCAGAGUCUAAAGGAUGAGCUGGAGAUGUUAAAGGAGGAAUUGGAGCAGAAAGAGACGGACAUCAGAAGGUUACAAGACAACGUGGACUCCCCUGUGGGGACAGAGAGUAAAGGAGCGGUUGAUAGAGAUACGGAGGUGCAGAAGAUGAAGAAAGCUGUGGAAUCACUAAUGGCUGCCAAUGAAGAGAAGGACAGGAAGAUUGAGGAGCUCAGACAGUCUCUGAACAGGUAUAAGAAGGUCCAGGAUAUGGUAGUAAUGGCGCACGGUAAGAAAGGCAAAGAUGUGGAAAGUGACGACUCUGUCAUAUCGGGGUCCAAUUCCCUGUUGUUUGACCCCAAUGUAUUAAGCGAUGCUGAAAAGUCUCCCUCACCCCCAAUGUUCUCGCUCUCCCCCAGCCCAGAAGAGGUGUCUUCUGGUACAGAGUCUACAUUGGAAGUGCACACGAGCGUGCUGCAGGUUACCAUCCCCUCGUUUCCAUCAGCUCAGAUGUUCCAGAACCAAACCGAAACGGCGAAAACUUCCGCAAGAGAGGAGCCCUCCUCACCAGGCGCCAGUGAGGUGAAGCCGAGUGACUUACCUGCCGAGGCCUGGUCGGAAGAACAGCCUGUGUCUCUCGUGAAGAAGUCGAGCAGUUUAGACAACCUGAAGAAGUCUUCGCCGCGGAAACCAUCUUCCCCAGACUCCGGCAAGUUUGAAACCCUUCCGCCGAGACCCCCGGCGCACGCAGCGACGGUAGGGGAAGAGGAAUGUUUUGGGACCCGUAAAACCAGGUCGUCAUUUGGACGAGGAUUUUUCAAAAUCAAGAAUACGAAUAAGAAGACGGCAAGCACCCCAAACCUAGAUCGCAGCCGAAGUGCGAGCGCCCCCACCUUAGCAGAGACGGAAAAGGGCUCCGCUGACCACCUGGACCUGGCCGUUUCCUCGCCGCGCUCGCAGGACGGGUCCCCAUCCUCUCCCGACUCCAAGAAAAAGCCGAGGGGGAUUAAGAAGCUGUUUGGGAGGCUGAAGAGGAGUCAGUCAACUACUUUAAACCAAGACGAGGACCUGCCCGAGGAGGAAUUUAAGAGGGGAGGGACCAGAUCCACUGCUGGGCCGAGACUGGGCUGGUCCCGAGAUCUUGGCCAAACGCAAAGUGAUCUGGACACUCCCUUUGCCAAGUGGACGAAGGAGCAGGUGUGUAACUGGCUGCGGGACCAGGGUCUGGGGAGCUACGUGAAUAACUGCAAGCAGUGGAUCGUAUCCGGGCAGACCUUACUGCACGCAUCCCAGCAGGACCUUGAGAAGGAGCUGGGCAUUAAACACCCGUUACACCGUAAGAAGCUCCAGCUGGCGCUGCAGUCGUUGGGGUCUGAAGACGAGAGUAAUUAUGGGAAGUUAGACUACAAGUGGGUUACACGGUGGCUGGACGACAUUGGCUUACCUCAGUACAAGACCCAGUUUGACGACGCAAAGGUUGACGGGCGAAUGCUUCACUACAUGACGGUGGAUGAUUUGCUGUCUCUGAAGGUCGCCAGCGUCCUGCACCAUCUCAGUAUAAAGCGAGCCAUCCAGGUCCUGCGGAUCAACAGCUUCGAGUCCAACUGUCUCCGUAGGAGACCCUCUGAAGAGAGUAACAUCACGCCGUCCGAGGUCGCGCAGUGGACCAAUCACCGCGUCAUGGAAUGGCUGCGCUCCGUGGACCUAGCGGAAUACGCUCCUAACCUGAGGGGCAGCGGUGUACACGGUGGUCUUAUGGUCCUUGAGCCCCGCUUUAACGUGGAGACGAUGGCGCAGCUUCUUAAUAUCCCCCCAAACAAGACCCUCCUACGGCGGCACUUGGCGACUCAUUUCAACCUCCUGGUCGGUCAGCAAGCGCAGCUCCAGAAACAGGAAGCGCUGUCCUCGCCUGAGUACUUGCUGCUGACUGCGACGGCCAAGGUCAAGCCAAAGAAACUGGCUUUCAGCAACUUUGGAACUCUGCGUAAGAAAAAGCACGAGGAGAAUGAGGAGUACGUCUGCCCCAUGGAGCUUGGACAGUCUGCCAACAGUAUAAUCAAACCCUUCCGAGCUGGCUUAGACCUUCGGAUGUUGGACGAUGAAGAUUUAGACAGGUUGGAACAGAUGGAAGACUCAGAAGGAACUGUAAGGCAAAUUGGGGCGUUUUCAGAAGGCAUCAACAACCUGACGUUUACGUGCCAGCUGGAUUCUGGAAGGGGCAGGCUGCGCCUAUGGGCCGUUCUUUUUACUUUCAGUGUUGCUAAAAUAAAAAAUAAAUAAAUAAGUAAAUAAAAAAAAAAUGGGAAUAGAUGACGGAACAGCUGAUUCCCAUCCCUGACAUCCAGACCUCUGUUUUCCACGCUGCGCGUUUCGCCCUGUUUAUAUUUAUCCUGUUUUGUACUUUUAUUUAUGACACUGAUGUGUUUAUGAGAGGGCUGGCACUACUUACACUUACACUACGGUUAGUCCAGCUGACGGGUGUUACGGGAAUUUUUAUAUUGUAGCGUGUAUCUGUGACCAGUAUGAUGCAUGCCGAUUUUGACAUAUCCACGCUGCGUCACAUAUACUAUGUAUAAGCAGAAAGCACCAAUUUCUGGGUGCUCCAGGCCUGCCGAUGGAACGCGCGGGAGCCCGAAGGUUUGUGCGGUUUAAAAGUUAGGACUUUUUUAAGGAUUUCCAGAAGUUAACAUAACACUAUGAAGUGGCUUUUCGUGUGUACUAGAACAUACAACAGAUGUUAACGUGUCAAUCUAUGUAUUUGAUCUAAUAAAAGCUCAUGUUUAACUAG